AUGGCCGAGCCCCAGUCAUCUCUCCCCUCCUCCGUCUCCCUCUCGACCGCUUGUGCGUCUCCCUCGCGCUCGCCUUCCCCGAUUUCCCAAUCUCCAGAGGACUCCCCACCCCGUGGUAUCGUUUUUGCCGCCGCUACCCUUCGCCGUCGCGCCCGUCGCUCAUCCUCGACCGCGUCCUCUCCCUCCACAUCCCCUUCAACACCUGAGACAAUGUUCUCGCAGCGCAAGUACACCCCCUUGCCGACCUCGUCGGCCAACGCUGGCCAGCGCCGUCGCUCCGGCGGCGGCCUGCCCAUGUGGAAGCGGUAUAUUCUCCUCGGCACGGCCGUCGUCCUCGUCACUGGUGCGGGAUACGUGUUCAUGAACCGCGACCAGGCCGAGGUGUCUCCCGACGUGUACACUCCCUCGACGGACAACCCUCCUGCUCUGGACGAAGGGUUCAAGUCGCCACCGUUCAACCCGACAUAUGACGACGAGACGCCCGACGGCCCCGACCGUAUUGGUAUCCUCCCCGUUGACGACGACCACCCGUUCACUGGCGAGUACACCAAGCCCGAGGCGACUGCCUCAGCUGACAAGCCUGUUGCUGAGGACCCCGAGGACGACACGCUCCCCGAUGACCCUCCUGCUGGCCACCCCACGUCGUUUGAGACGGACGUCAACCCGGCCUCGACCAUCUACUGCACCACGCCCUUUGAGGGCAAGCCCCUCGUCCAGUACGCGCUUACCAUCGACGCUGGCUCGACCGGUUCGCGUAUCCACGUCUACAAGUUUAACAACUGUGGUCCCUCCCCCCAGCUCGAGUACGAGACCUUCAAUGCCAUCCGCCCAGGACUCUCGUCGUACGCCGGCGACCCCACGGGCGCCGCCAAGUCGCUCGACCCCCUGAUGGAGGAGGCCAACCGCGUCGUCCCCGAGUCGCUGCGCGGCUGUACCCCUGUCGAGGUCAAGGCCACCGCCGGUCUCCGUCUUCUUGGCGAGGUCGAGUCGACUGCCAUCCUUGACGAGUGCCGCAACCACCUCAAGACCAACUACCACUACACCAUUGGCGGCGCCGAGUCUGUUGAGAUUAUGGAGGGCAAGAACGAGGGUGUCUACGCCUGGAUCACUGCCAACUACCUGCUCAACAAGAUUGGCGAGGGUGUCAAGACCCAGGACACCAUUGCCGUCAUGGACCUCGGUGGCGCUUCGACCCAGAUUGUCUUUGAGCCCCGCUUCCCUGCCGACUCUGAGCAAAAGCUCGCCGAGGGUGACCACAAGUUCUCGCUCUGGUUUGGCGGCAAGAACUUUACCCUCUACCAGCACUCGCACCUCAACUAUGGUCUUAUGCGCGCCCGCCGCUCGAUCCACAACAUUGUCGGCUUUACCUGGAGUAUGAACAAGGAUGACGAGGAGUGGGACGCUCUGACGCCCGACACGUACAUUGGCAACCCCUGUCUGUCGCGCGGCACCACCGAGGAGGUCGAGCUUGACCCUCCCGGACGUACCAAGGUCAAGGUCACCAUGACCGGUGCCAACGGCGGCUUUGACGCGUGCAACCGUGUCGUCGAGCUCGCCAUUGCCAAGGACGCCAUCUGCCAGGUGGAGCCCUGCUCGUUCAACGGCGUCUACCAGCCUGCCCUCAUCGACACGUUCAAGGGCGGCAAGGUCCUCGCCCUGUCGUACUUUACCGACCGCAUCGCUCCCCUCCUGGACGUUGGCGCGCCCGGCGAGCUGACGCUGGGCACCCUCGGCAAGCUCGCGCGCGACGUGUGUGCCGGCGAGACCGUCUGGCGCACCCGCUGGGCCGGCAACACCAACGCGCUCGAGGAGCUCGAGGGCCGCCCCGAGUACUGCCUCGACCUGACGUUUAUGAACGCGCUCCUCUCGCUCGGCUACGAGCUGCACGACGACCGUGACCUGCUCGUCGAGAAGAAGAUCAAGGGCGUUGAGCUCGGCUGGGCCCUCGGUGCCGGUCUGGCACUCGUGGAGAAGGCCGACCUCAAGUGUCUUGCCUAA